AUGCUGUGUAGCAGCUCCUCUCCUCUCCCUGCCGGUAGCCUUCGCUCUAAACCUCACACCUCCGCCUCCUGAGAGCCCUUUCUCCCCCUGCCGCAGAGGAGAUGCGAGUGCGCUCAGGGAAGGAGCGGGGUAUAUAACUACGAGCGGAAAUGCCCCCCGGCAGAAGCGGUGGGGCGACGACGUCUGCAGACGGCUCAGCGUGGCGGCAGCAUGAAGGCAGAUGGGAAAUUGCUCUUCCUGGUGCUGCUGUUCCUCCCCAUUGGGAAGGCUGCAGGCCAGCUCCAGUCUUCGAUCAUUGGAGGACGCGAAGCAUUGCCUCACUCCAGGCCCUACAUGGUAUCUAUCCACAAAGGAGACACUCCCGCCUGCGGGGGAGUCCUAGUCCACGCGCGCUGGGUGCUGACGGCUGCGCACUGCUAUGCCGACCUGAGUAAGGGUCUCAUCAGGGUGCUGGUGGGUCUCCAUCGGCAGCCCAAGAGAAAUGCCCGAGUGCAGGUCUUCACUGUCGCGAAGUUUGUCCCGCAUCCUUCCUACAACCGCACGACUUUCGCAAAUGACAUCAUGCUGCUCAAGCUGGACAGGAAGGUGGUUUGGAACAAGGAGACGAGCCUUCUCCCGCUGUCCAAGAAGAAUCCGGCCCCGGGGACGCCGUGCAGCGUGGCUGGCUGGGGGAGGUUCAGAGAGGGAAGCAAGUAUUCCCCCGUCCUGCGCGAACUCAACGUCAAGGUGAUGGACAUCAGGAUGUGCAACAACAGCCGGUACUGGCAUGGCGAGGUCACCAGCACCAUGAUGUGCUUCGAAGGGGUCGAGAAGGGCUCUGCCCCCUGCCAGGGUGAUUCCGGGGGCCCUGUGGUAUGUGGCAAGAAAGCGGAGGUAGCCGGCGUGAUCUCCUUCACCGACAAAAGCUGUGUCAACAUGUUCAAACCGCCCGUCGCGACGGCUGUCUUUAAAUACAAGAGGUGGAUCAAAAAAUACCUACUCUGGAGCUGA